CGAGUUCAACCGCCGGGACGAGCCCUACAAGCUCCGCCUCAACCGCUUCGGCGACAUGACCGCCGACGAGUUCCGACGCCACUACGCGGGCUCCAGGGUCGCGCACCACCGCAUGUUCCGCGGCGACAGGCAGGGCUCCUCGGCGUCGGCGUCGUCGUUCAUGUACGCCGACGCGCGCGACGUCCCGGCCUCCGUCGACUGGAGGCAGAAGGGCGCUGUCACCGACGUCAAGGACCAGGGCCAAUGCGGUAGCUGCUGGGCGUUCUCGACGAUCGCCGCCGUGGAGGGCAUCAACGCGAUCAAGACCAAGAACCUGACGUCGCUGUCGGAGCAGCAGCUGGUGGACUGCGACACCAAGGCCAACGCCGGCUGCAACGGGGGCCUCAUGGACUACGCGUUCCAGUACAUCGCCAAGCACGGCGGGGUGGCGGCGGAGGACGCGUACCCGUACAGAGCGCGCCAGGCGUCCUGCAAGAAGUCGCCGGCCCCGGUCGUCACCAUCGACGGCUACGAGGACGUGCCGGCCAACGACGAGUCGGCGCUCAAGAAGGCGGUGGCGCACCAGCCCGUGUCCGUCGCCAUCGAGGCCAGCGGCUCGCACUUCCAGUUCUACUCCGAGGGGGUCUUCUCCGGCAGGUGCGGGACGGAGCUGGACCACGGCGUCGCGGCGGUCGGCUACGGGGUCACCGCGGACGGCACCAAGUACUGGCUGGUCAAGAACUCGUGGGGCCCCGAGUGGGGCGAGAAGGGGUACAUCCGCAUGGCGCGCGACGUGGCCGCCAAGGAGGGACACUGCGGCAUCGCCAUGGAGGCAUCCUACCCCGUCAAGACCUCGCCCAACCCCAAGGUCCACGCCGUCGUCGACGAGGACGGCUCCAGCCACGACGAGCUCUGAAUUGCGCACUACACUACUACGUACUAGCUAUAGCCUAUAUAGCUAUACUAUGAUUGAUCCAUGUAUGCUCGGACAGGAACAUCGCCGACUGUGAAUGUCUGAAUGGCAUACGCACAUCGUACACCUGCAUUCAUGUAAUACCAGUCGAGAGUUGAUCUACCAGCAACUUUCAUUUCAUUCGGUUAUUAUUAUAUUAUUUAAC